GGAGGCUUUUGGGUCUGAGUUGGAACCCCCCCUCCGGCUUCUUCCUCUAUAAAUAACGAUCCCAUGGCUUCGUUUCAACUCGCACAGCUUGAGCAGUCUUAACUCCAAGAGGUUCCUUCUGUUCAAGCUUCACUCUCCUCGUCUAUUACCUCUCGAGCUUUAAAGAUGGCAACAGAAACCUUCCUAUUCACGUCCGAAUCAGUGAACGAAGGACACCCUGACAAGCUCUGUGACCAGAUCUCCGAUGCCGUUCUCGAUGCCUGCCUAGAACAAGAUCCAGACAGCAAAGUGGCAUGCGAGACAUGCACCAAGACCAACAUGGUCAUGGUCUUCGGAGAGAUCUCUACCAAGGCCAACGUAGACUACGAGAAAAUUGUCCGUGACACUUGCAGGAACAUCGGAUUUGUUUCCGACGAUGUUGGUCUCGAUGCUGACAACUGCAAGGUCCUUGUUAACAUUGAACAACAGAGCCCUGAUAUUGCCCAGGGUGUCCACGGCCAUCUCACUAAGAGGCCAGAGGAGAUCGGAGCUGGUGACCAAGGUCACAUGUUUGGCUAUGCCACCGACGAGACCCCCGAGCUCAUGCCCCUGAGCCACGUCCUCGCCACUAAGCUCGGUGCCCGGCUUACUGAGGUUCGGAAGAAUGGGACCUGCCCGUGGCUGAGGCCUGACGGGAAGACCCAAGUCACGGUGGAGUACUACAAUGACAAGGGAGCCAUGGUUCCUAUUCGUGUCCACACCGUGCUCAUCUCUACCCAGCACGACGAGACCGUGACUAACGAUGAAAUUGCAGCUGAUCUCAAGGAGCAUGUGAUCAAGCCUGUGAUCCCUGAGAAGUACCUUGACGAGAAGACCAUUUUCCACCUCAACCCUUCAGGCCGUUUUGUCAUCGGAGGUCCUCAUGGUGAUGCCGGUCUCACCGGGAGGAAGAUCAUCAUCGACACCUACGGUGGAUGGGGUGCCCACGGUGGUGGUGCCUUCUCAGGGAAGGACCCCACCAAGGUGGACAGGAGUGGAGCCUACAUUGUGAGGCAGGCUGCAAAAAGCAUAGUUGCUAAUGGACUUGCCAGAAGGUGCCUGGUGCAAGUGUCGUACGCCAUUGGCGUACCAGAGCCAUUGUCUGUGUUUGUUAAUUCUUAUGGUACAGGGAAGAUCCCGGACAAGGAGAUUCUGAAGAUUGUGAAGGAGAACUUUGAUUUCAGGCCUGGGAUGAUCUCUGUCCACCUAGACCUCAAGAGGGGUGGGAAUGGAAGGUUCUUGAAGACUGCUGCUUACGGGCACUUUGGUAGGGAUGACCCUGACUUCACAUGGGAGACAGUGAAGCCCCUCAAGUGGGAGAAAGUUCCAGCUUAAGUGUGUCUGUGUGUGUGUCUGUGUGAUCAAGUUUUGGCCCUCGACUGUCCCCCCAUAGUUUCUGCCUAUCUAUCACUUUACUCUCUCCUCUCUUUUCACGUGUUUUUAUUCGAUGUGCAUUUCACACAUAAUUUUUUAGAUGAUGCAGCAAAAAUGUACUCUCAGAUUGCAUGCUUGAUAUUGUGUAAUAAUAUGAAAUCAAAGGGAGUUUACAAAUACAA